AUGAAAAUAUGUUCAUUGGUUCUCCUGCUCUUACCUAUACUCGUCUAUGGCAUAGAAAUCAGUGUGGAGAAUGAGACGGAGUUUUGGACAGAUGUUCUAGCCUAUGCUGAAAGUGUUGGAGUUAGAAGAUCUGUUUUAUUGAAUCUUUUGACUGAUACCGAUAUCGAGAAACGUGUCACCAAUGAUUCAGUAGAUCAAGAGCAUCAAGAGCAUCAUGAGCAUCAUGAGAAAGAACACAAGUCCCAUGGAGUCAAAGUUGCUUCGUGGAAAUUUGAUUAUGUCAAGGAACCAUUGGUACUCACCCUCUUUAUAAUUGUUAUUGGACUGUUCAAGCUUGGUUAUCAUCAUUCUGGAGCCUUACAAGCUCUGAUCCCCGAAUCAUGUGCCCUGAUUCUUGUAGGAGUAGUGUGCGGUUUAGUCUUCAUAGGAGAUACUACUCAUGAGUCUAUCAAGUUUUUGGAAUUUAACUCGAAAACCUUUUUCUUCUUCUUACUACCUCCCAUCAUUCUGGAAUCUGCUUACUCACUCAAAGACCGAGCUUUCAUUGACAACAUCGGAACCAUUGUACUGUACGCUGUUGUGGGAACUGUUCUGAAUAUUGCUAUCAUCGGAGGCUUUCUGAUACUUUUCUCUGAAUUGGGAAUGAUGGGCGAUUUUCGAAUUGAUUCAUUCGACUGUCUCAUAUUCGCGUCUCUCAUAGCGGCCGUCGAUCCUGUUGCUGUAUUAGCCAUCUUCCAAGAAGUCGGAGUCAAUAAAAUGCUUUACUUCAUGGUUUUCGGUGAAUCGUUAUUGAAUGACGCUGUUACUGUCGUUUGCUACAAUUUGAUGAUAGAGUUCAAAGAGCUGCCAGUAUUCAAGUUCACUGAUGUUAUUCUUGGUUUACUCGCUUUUCUCUGCGUUUCUCUGGGAGGAUUGUUCAUUGGUUUAGCUUGCGGUGCUAUGUCAGCAAUUAUCACAAGAUUCACAGAACACGUCCGAGUCGUCGAGCCAGUUGUCUUAUUCGGCAUGGCUUACUUAUCAUACAUGGUAAGUGAGCUCUUCCAUUUCUCUGGAAUCAUUGGGAUCAUCGCUUGUGGACUGUUCCAAUCCCAUUAUGCCUGUAAGAAUAUCGCUUCCAAGUCAUACAUCAGUGUAACAUACUUUGCGAAAGUGGCAAGUGCCGUAUCGGAAUCGUUGAUUUUCAUAGUACUCGGAGUAAUGCUGGUGAACGAGCAAGAAUGGUUCUGGAGUGAAUGGCAUCCUCUCUUCUCCAUAUAUUCAGUGGUUCUUUGUACAGUUUCUAGAAUAGCUGUGGUGUUCUUCCUUACAUAUAUUGUGAAUCAGUUCACCGGAGGUGUUCGAUACAUUUCUUUUCAAGAACAGCUCAUUAUGGCGUACGGAGGUCUCAGAGGAGCAGUUUCUUUCUCCUUGGCAUUCAUGAUAAAUGAUGACGUUCCCGUUAAAGCAACUUUACUUUCUGCUACGUACAUGGUUAUACUGUUCACAGUUUUCGCUCAGGGAUCAACUAUCAAACUCCUUGUGCGCUACUUGAAUAUAAGACUGGCGAAAAAAGAGGAUCGCUUCUAUAUGUUCAUGGAGUUCAAUAGAGGUGUUAUUGCUCAUAUGUCACAAGGUAUUGAAGAAAUCUGUGGCUAUCAAGAUACUAGCUGGGUGGCUCGUUUGAGUAGUUUCUCGAAACAUUAUUUACGCCCGCUGCUGGAGAAGAACUAUGACGGUUCUGAACGUAGAGAAGGAAAACUUCUCGAGAUGGAUAGAGCUGCCACUAUGAGAGAGGCUAUGAAGGCAAGCCCAUCAACAUCCUCAUUCAAACGACAGCAGAGAUAUGAUGAAAUGAUGGACAACGAGGAGAUUCCUAGAGAAAUGAUGGAGGAAGAUGACAAUUUCAUUCCAAGGGAUAGGAAAGAUCUUGAGAAAGAGACGGCUGAACUCACAAAAGACAUAAUGCAUAUACGGCAAUUGAUGCAUAACCCUAUGAAUGAAUUCUAUUAUAAUCGUAAUCUGAUAGGAGAGGACCUGGUUGAGAAACGUCAUGAAGCGGUGAAUAUGCAACGACUGCAUCAUAGAGCCAAGGGCUUGCAGGGUAAGAAGAAGCGGAAUAUCUUGGGGAUAAAGACUGGCAAAGCUAAAAGAUCAACAAACCAAGGACUUAUUCUCGCAUCUAUGAGUUCACUUGGUGUACAUGCCAUGGAAGCAGAUCUUAAUGGCUCUGAAAGCGGAUCAAUGGAAGAAGAUCAUGGAAUCAAAAUCACAACCGAACUCUACACAAUCACAGAGGGUGAAGCAUCGUAG